AUGACGGUGAUCUUCCAGCUUAUUGCUAGAGCCGAUAGGAAGUCGGGCUCCAGCGCGCAGCGUGAUGUGGCCUGCCAGUAUAGGGACUGUGCUGGGGACACGGCCGAUGUUGUUAUCUACUAUCGGGAAUCGGACGACUUGAGGCUUGUCACGGGCAAUAUAUAUUUUAUGUCUGGCACAGUCGUCCUUGAGCGCCACUUUCCUCCGAAGUUCUACGUUGUGUUCGCAGUGCCUAUAACGGGAACUAAGGAUCUGCCAUUGGCCGAUAUCUUGCUAUCUAUGACUGCAGUGGUUACUGCGGAGUUAUAUAAGGUCGAUGAGGAAAGUGGUCUUGGUUUCGUGGAUGUUCCGUUUGAUCAGUAUGAUCUUCGGGAGCGGCGGGUCGUUGUGUCAGAGCUGACCCUGCCUGUCCAAACGGCUCGAGGUAAAUUUAAGAACCUGUUGCCUUUCCUGACAGUCGACAAGCCCGUUGAUCUACAUGUGAAACUUCAGCUGGAGACGCCGGAAGAUCGUGCGUACGGGUUUCCAUUGAAUAUUAGUCUCACAAGGUCGGAUACGCGGUCGCAGUCUAAGUCUUCGUCUUCCGUAUUCACAACCCCGACGAAGCCGCGUAUGCUUGGGUCUCUACCGCCGGUUGUCGACUCGUCGCCAGUGGCAUCUUCCCCAGGGCUUAAGGAUAAGGGUAAAGCUUCGAACUCGAUGACGGAGGGUCGACUAUCUCCAUCCCGCCCUGUUAGUGACGAAGACGACGAUGCAGCCGCCCUUGCCUCACACCGCACUGAGUCGCCUUUGUUGCCGUCUGCCUCGGGGGAAUCUCCGGAGCCUCUGAACUCCCCUACGAUUGAUGCUGACAUCACUCAGUAUCAGUCUUCCUCGAGACCGAGGCGUAAGAGGGCUCGUCAGCAGGCGUCCAACGAGUAG